CCACACAAAAAAUUCAUAGCCGAACAUAAUAAAUAAUAAUUAAUACAACAACCUCAUUCUUUGUUGAGAUUAAACAGGAAGGUUACAGGCAUUGAAAAUUGGGCGUAUCCACCGGAAAUAGAUAACAUACCUUAGAUAAUCUGUACUAUAUUGUAAUGUCAAUUGUCAUAGCGUAUAUUGUAUGUGAUUACAAUCAAUUUUCCGCGAAUUACUGUGGAAAAAGCCGACAGGGUCGAAUCAAAAUCACAGUGAUCUAUUACAUUGUAUUGAUCUAUCAAGAGAUUAUAUUUUUAAGAUCCUUGAAUCAAGUGAAAAAUCCAGCAUGGCGAAAUUGUUCAAGGAUGUUGCAUAUUACGCGUGUGUUAAUAAUUUUGUACUAGAAUACAAAAUCCUAAUAAUAUCAGGUUUGAACUUUAAGUUAUUUAACAUCGGAUAGGGACUUAGAAGUCUAAACUUAGGAAGAACUAGAAUCUACAACUGCAAACCCCAAUAAUAUAAUUUAGUGGCAUAUUGAGGCUUAUCUCCUCGAAAAUUAUGAUUGAUACGAUAACAUAGUUCUGAGUGCAGUGUUAACGUAACAUUACAACAGAUUGUUGAGUUACAAGCAUGUGGGGAGCAUGCUGCUUUAUACUGCUGGUCCUGUGCCAAGUCCAGGGUUCACAGAGAAUAGAGCCCCUGGUGCAGACUGAAGUUGGGUUGAUACGAGGUCUACAGGCAGAAGAUGGGGAUUACGCAAUGUUUUUGGGCGUUCCGUACGCGAAGGUCAACGAAGAUAAUCCUUUCGGGGAUGCUCAACCAUUUCCGAAAUUUACCGAGACUUUUGAAGCACUUGACGAUUCAGCAGUGUGUCCUCAAACUGAUUUCUUCUCGAACCAAUUAGUAGGAACAUUAGACUGUCUACAUCUCAAUAUUUAUGUCCCGAAUAAGGCUACGAGUCAAAAUAAACUACCCGUUAUCUUUUGGAUACAUGGCGGAAGAUUUACUUAUGGAUCUGGCAAGAGAGCCGAAUUCGGCCCGAAAUUCUUAGUGAGACACGACGUUGUUUUAGUUACAAUCAACUACCGCCUUGGUGUAUAUGGAUUUAUGUGCUCAGAUUCGGUUGAAGUACCUGGAAAUCAAGGUUUUAAAGAUCAAUAUCUAGCAUUAAAAUGGGUAAAGACUAAUAUAGCUUCAUUUGGGGGUGAUGAAAACCAAAUAACAGUUAUGGGUGAGAGUGCUGGGAGCAUGUCUGUUGAUUACCAUUUAUUAUCAAAAAGAGAAAAGUUUUUCAAGCGCGCUAUUUUACAAAGCGGAUCCGCGCUCUGCCCAAGAGAAUUUGUUCAAUCUGACGAUAAAGCAGCAAUUAAAAUUGCUAAACAUCUAGGAUUCGAAACUGAUAAUUUUAACGAAGCAAUAAGCUUUUUGUCAAAACAAAACGAAAAAGUCGUCGUAAGCACAACACAGGAAUUAAACAUGUAUUUUAGAGCAUGCGCGGAAAAAGAUUUUGAAAAUGUGGAAAAAUUUGUUUCCGAAGAUCCAGGAAUCACCACACCAGAAGUUAAGGGAAUUUCAAUUCUAAUGGGUUACAAUAGUCAGGAGCUAAUGGUUAUAUAUUCUAAUGAUACCAAAGAGUUUUAUGAUAGCUUAAAUAAUUUCUUGUACGACGUUGGCGAUGAAUUUGUGGACGAGGACAAUGUCGUUAGACACUUUUAUAUAGGCGAUGAAGAAAUGUCUGUCUCCAAGAAAAAAUUAUUGAUUGCUUUUGCAUCCGAUUACAAAUUUAAUCAUCCUAUUCAAAGAAGUGUUAUUAGAUAUAAUCAAAGUGAAGUUGAAAGCGUAUAUCAUUACAUAUUUUCGUAUAGUGGGGGAAGAAACAUGUUCAAAAAAAUAUUUAAUAUGACUGAAGGAGGCGCGUCCCAUGCAGAUGAAUUAGGUUAUUUAUUUGACUCAAACCUGUUUCCUGGAGAACCAUCACCAGAAGAUCAAUUGAUAAUUGAUAGAAUGACGGCCAUGUGGACUAAUUUCGCUAAAUAUGGCGACCCAACACCAAAUGUAACCGAUCUUCUUCCUGUUAAAUGGCUACCUGUCAGUAACUAUCUAUAUGCUCUGAAUAUUAACACCUCUGGGAAAAUGCACAAACGACCAUAUCGAUCAAGAAUGGCGUUUUGGGACGUUUACUUGAAAGCGUAUCCUGAAAAGUUUUCAACAACAAGCGCUUCUGAUUUCGAUGCUAUUAAUUCCGGGAAUUAAAAAACUAAGAAUGGUGAGGACCAUGAAGCAAGGACGAAUCAAGUAAUCGGGGUACCCUACGCUCAAGUAAACCGAAGCAACGUGUUUGG